CCUUUGACUCUGGAGGAGGGAGCGUUGUCUCCCUGGGAGUGAUUCCGGGUCCAGGGAUGGACAUGGAAAGCUUCCCAGGGGGGAGUGCCUCGGGACCCAACAUCACAAACUGCACCGUCCCACCUAGCGGCAGCCUGCAGGCGGUCCCGUUCACAGACGGUAUGGUGGCGUUGGUGGUUGUUCUCAGCCUCCUCACCCUCCUCACUGCGCUAAUCAACGCCGCCGUCAUCGCCGCCAUCUGCACCAACAAGAAGCUCCACCUGCCCGCCAACUACCUCAUCUGCUCCCUCGCCGUCACCGACUUCCUGGUGGCGCUCCUCGUGAUGCCCAUCAGCAUCCUCUACAUCACCAUGGACACGUGGACCCUGGGUCAGGUGGUGUGUGAGUUGUGGUUGAGCGUGGACAUGACCUGCUGCACCAGCUCCAUCCUGCACCUGUGCAUCAUUGCCCUGGACCGGUACUGGGCCAUCACCAAAGCUAUCGAGUACGCUCGCAAGAGGUCGGCCCGCCGCGCCGCCAUCAUGGUGGGGAUAGUCUGGGUCAUCUCAGUUUUCAUAUCCAUGCCGCCCUUAUUCUGGAGGCAGAGGCCUCGCACAGGCAGCUUCCAGCAGUGCAUCAUAGAGCACGAUCACUUGGGAUACACUAUAUACUCUACUGUUGGGGCGUUUUACAUUCCCAUGAUCGCCAUUCUUAUCUUAUACUACAGGAUUUACAACGCCGCAAAAACGCUGUACCAGAAGCGUGGCUCUUCUCGGCACCUCAGCAGCCGCAGCAUGGGCAGUCAGAACUCUGUGGACCAUUGCCGUGUCUCCCACACAUUCUGUGUGUCCGACUUGUCCAACUCAGAUCCUACGCUGGCUACCGACAAACUCAACACCACCAUCCGCAUCCCGUCCUUUGAGACGGACACGGACGGGCAGGAUGAGAAGAACCAGAUAUGCACCUCACGCGAGAGGAAAGCAGCUCGAAUCCUCGGCCUCAUUCUCGGGGCCUUCAUUUUCUGCUGGCUGCCUUUCUUUUUAAAGGAGGUCCUAGUGGGCCUUCGGAUGGUGCAGCCCUCUCCGCUUAUCUCGGACUUCCUGACUUGGCUGGGUUACAUCAACUCUCUCAUCAACCCUCUGCUGUACACCAGCUUCAAUGACGAUUUCAAGCUGGCUUUUAAAAAGCUACUCAAGAGAAAAGAGCAUGUGUAGGUUUGAGCUUAAACACACCAGAGGGAACGUAUACACCUUAA